AUGGCGUUGGAUCCCACUGGCCAAUCACGUGCAGCACAAUUGGUGUCUCUCAGCGGCCGGGCCUUUCCGAUUUUCCAGUCCGAAAGAAGCAGCUCUUGGGCAAAACCAACAACCUCCCUCAAUUACCAUCCCCUUCCGCUUUUCCACCCCCACACAAGACCUCCGGUCAUCAUUCAAUUGAUCUCUGUCGCAAUGGGUCUCUCCGACUUUUUCUCUGACGUUGUCUCCUCCUUCGGGUUCACCGAGGCCCAGGCUGAGGCUCCCGCUCAAGACACCGAGACCGAGACCACCACCCAGGAAGAGCCCGCCGAGAAGGAAGAGGCCGCCUCCACCGAGAGCGCCGAGAGUGAGUCCGCUGAGGAGACCCCCGCUGAGGAGGAAUCUUCUGAGGAGGCUCCCGAGGAAGAGGAGGCUGAGGCCGAGGAGGAGGAGGAAGAAGAAGAAGAAGAGGAAGAUGAGCCUGAGGACAUCAAGCCCAAGCUCGAGGAGGAGUGCGCCCACUCCGCCGUCUGCGCUCCCUACAAGCACCACUACGAUGAGUGCGUCGAGCGCGUCACCCGCCAGGAGGAGGAUGAGGAUUACAAGGGUCCCAAGGAGGACUGCGUCGAGGAGUUCUUCCACCUCACCCACUGCGUGACCGCCUGCGCUGCCCCCAAGCUCUGGAGGGAGCUGAAGUAAACGACUCUUCCAUUGAGUCUUGAUUUCGGCGUUUCAUUCAACCCUCGCAU